AUGCCUGGAAAUCACCAUCACACUCACCCACACAAAAAGCAGCACCAUCACUCAAACAAUCCUGCAGCAAAUACUUCCAAUAGUAAUACUAAUACCAAUAAUACUAAUAAUAAUAAUCAGAUGCAACAACAGCAUAGUAGGGAAGGAAAAUCCAAUAAUUCUACCAAUUAUAUAAAUAAUAAUACUACAACUAAUAAUAAUAAUUAUUACCAUCAACAACAACAACAAUCCAUGCCAAAUAAUGCCACUCGAUUCAAUCACAAUUACAAUUCUUCUAAUAACAAGUAUAAUAAUUAUAAUAAUAGCAAAUCGAUCGUGAUCCAACCGAAUCCUUCUACACUCAAUAAUAGACCAUCAUUGACACCAUCACCAAUUCCUUCAGCAUCAUCAGCUUUGAAAAGUAAUAAUUUGAGGAAAAAGUUGGAGAUUAUUUUGGAAGAGAGGAUUGCUCAGAAUGAUUUGUGUUUUUCAAUUUGUAAUCAUUAUAGGGCAAUUAUUAAUCAUUUGGAAAAGAUCAAGUUUGAUUCGAAAGAAAAGCUGCAAUCAUUCUUGUUUUUAAAAAGUCAACUGGAUGCUAAAUUUGAAUUUUAUAUUGUAAAAAAGAUAAUUAUUCCACAUUUAAUAAUUGCUUUGGGUGUUGAGGCUUAUGAAGUUAAUCAGAAUUCUCAACAACCGUCUGCAAUACCAGAUAAGAAGAGCUAUAAUUUAACUGCUCGUCCUAAAAAAGUUGAAAGUCAGACAGAGCAAGCUAAAUUGAUUGAAUUAGCUCCAAAAUUGAGUAGUUCAGGAAACGCUUAUUUUUCAUUAGAAUUUGACAGUGUCAGUGUUAUUACUAGAUUAUUUUAUGAACUUAUCAAAACAAGCAAAAAGCUCUUUCGUUUGAUGAAUAUCAAAAUUAUUUAUGAGAAGAAUGGAUUUGAAAAUCUUGAUUUCACAUCCCUAAAGAAAACUCUUAGUUUUUAUAAGCAUCUUUUACCAGCUCAUGCCACAUUUAUGAAAUUGAAGGGUAUAAGAAACGAUUGGGCUCACUUUGUAAAUCCAACGACCAUUCCAUCACAUAUUAUAAGGGCCUGCUUUAUUUUCUGUCGUGAAAUUUAUGACCACUAUCUCAGUAUUACAACACCCAAUUCAGAUUCCAAUUUAUAUAUGAAGAGAAAAAUAACUCUACAUGAAGGUUUUGAGUAUGACUACAAGAUUUGGGAAUCUAAAUCUAAAAUUAUUUCUGGAGUUGUGGCUCAAUUUUGUCAGAAGCCAGAAAAAAAGAAGCAAUCUGCUCUUAGAGUUGUUGAAGUGCUAUCAGGCAGUUUGAAGAAUGGAGGUCAUCAAGAGAAAGAUUUAGAUAGACUUUGCAAUGAGAUUUUAUUGAAUUUGUUACCAAGAUCUCCAUACCUAUUGAAAGAAAUGCAACAGAUUAAUGAGAAGGAAACACCAAGGGAGGAUAUUGUUUUCAUUCUUCUUUCAAACGAAUUCCAAUCAAGAAUCAAAAAGGACGAGCAAUAUGUUAAGGCUUUUAGUGGAACAAACUUGACAGAUCAGAAAUUUGUUAGCAAAUCAGUUUUCUUCAAGGCUAUUGUAACGAAUAUGAAGAAUGAAAACGACCAUAGACAAUUACUAUUCGAAAGAGCUUACCAUUACUUUAUAUUAGAAAAAUGUUUGAAGAAUCUCAAAGAUCAUAAUUUUGAAGAAGUAAUUAUUCAAAAGUUCAAACAGGAAAAGAACAUUAAUACCCCAAAGGAACUUUAUGAGAGGAUAUUGACAGAUAUUAAUACACAAGUGGGCGAAUUCAGAAAACUUUGGGUCUCUAUUGCUAUUGCCUUUAGUUCGUGUACUAACUUGGAAAUACCUGAUGCAAUCAAAUAUUUGUCUUGGGCUCUGAAAGAAAUGACAAUGACCACCAACAAAUUUACAUUUCCCCACAUUAUCAAACCUUACAUAGUAUUGGUGACAAAGUAUCUCUGCCAAUUCAAUGAUAUAAUGUUGUCGAAUUUAAUUCAUUCGAGUGAUGUAGCUAUUUUGAAAACAGUGACCAUUAGAGUUUGUUUGGCCUCGCUAUUGAAAUUCUACCAUCUUUCUCCUGAAAUCAGUCAAUUAUUUAUUGUUGCAAGAGAACAAAUCAAAAGUAUGGACCCUCAAAUCUUACAACAAUUAGAGGCAGAAGAUUAUUACGUCUUGAAUGCAGAUCCACAAAAUAUCAACAAGGAUUUGCUUAUUCCAGUUGAGCUCACCUUUUCCGACUUGUGUAAGAAUGAACGUGCUAAUAUUUCAGUGGAAGGAUGUUUCGCAUUCUCCUCAUACCAAGAAAUUCUGGAAGACGACAAUAAUACAGAAAACCAAACCGAACAAUAAAAUUCCAAACAAUCUAUUUAUUUG